AAUGAGGAGGGUGGGGCAUCUAGGGAGACUUAAAGAGCUCCCAAGGCACACCCUGUGCCCUGUGCUGCCGCCGCCAUCGGAUGCCUCAGCUCCCACCAUGGCUGAAACUACCAAGCUCCAGCUUUUUGUGAAGGCCAGUGAGGAUGGCCAGAGUGUCGGACACUGCCCUUCUUGUCAGCGGCUCUUCAUGGUCCUACUCCUCAAGGGUGUGCCCUUCACACUCACAACAGUGGACACACGAAGGGCAUUGGAUGUGCUGAAGGACUUCGCGCCAGGCUCACAGCUGCCCAUCCUGCUCUAUGAUGGGGAUGUCAAGACAGAUACACUGCAGAUUGAAGAAUUCCUGGAGGAGACACUGGGGCCACCUGACUUCCCAAGCCUAGAACCCAGGUACAGGGAGUCCAACACAGCAGGCAAUGACAUCUUCCACAAAUUCUCUGCCUUUAUCAAGAACCCAGUGCCUGCACAGGACAAUGCCCUGUAUCAGCAGCUGCUCCGUGCCCUGACCAGACUAGACAGCUUCCUGCGUGCACCUCUGGACCAUGAACUGGCACAGGAACCACAACUUCCUGAGUCCCGCCGCCGCUUCCUAGAUGGUGACCGGUUCACACUUGCUGACUGCAGCCUGCUGCCCAAGCUGCACAUUGUGGAUACCGUGUGUUCACACUUCCGCCAGGCGCCCAUCCCCAUGGAACUGUGGGCUGUUCGCCGCUACCUGGACAGUGCAUUGCAGGAGAAGGAGUUCAAGUAUACGUGUCCACACAGAGCAGAGAUCCUGGCAGCUUACCAACCUGCUGUGCACCCCCGUUAGUACCCCUACCUCCAUACACACAUCUGUAGCCACAUAAAGCAUCUUUGCCUGAA